AACAGGAGACAGCUGCUCCCAAGCUCUUCGGCUCUUGCUGACUCCUGCUUCGGAGAUCAUUCAGGGACAAUGCUGAGGACGCUGGUGGUUUUGGUAGCUCUUGGCAGCACCUCUUUGGCCUGUACCUUUGAGCAGCCCUCCUCUUUCAGAAACACAGGGAUUGUCUCCAGGAUCACCAAGAGGGCUGCACUAGUGCUCAAUCAGCAAACGGCACGGAUGAUUCAAGCAGUGUUUCGUCAUGCGACCUAUCCUAAUAUCACAGGGGAGAAGUCCAUGCGGUUUCUUGGCAAAGUGGCUUAUGGAUUGACAAACAUCCACAUUGAUAACCUGACCAUAGGAAACAGUGAGGUAGACUUCAAGGACUCCAUUGAUUUGGAAAUCCAGAAUGUCUCAGCCUCCUUCAAAGGAACUCUGAGCUAUGGCUAUAUAGGUGCCUGGAGGCUGAAAUUCACUCAUGUGAUUGACUUUGAAAUUGAAUCUUCCAUUGACCUCCAAAUAAACACUAAACUGAUGUGUAAAAAAGAGCUCCUGGCAGUUGAUACCUCAGAUUGCUACCUGACCUUCCACAAGCUGAUCUUGCACCUCCAGGGAGAGAAAGAUCCAGGAUGGCUAAAACAGCUUUUUACAGACUUCAUCUCCUUUACCUUGAAGCUGGUUCUCAAACGCCAGGUGUGCAAGGAAAUUAACUUUCUCGCUGACCUGCUGGCUGAGUACGUUCAGGACACCGCAGCAUCUUUCCUCCGAGAUAGAGAUAUAGGAGUUGACAUUUCUCUGGCAUCAUUUCCAGUGAUAAAAGCAAAUUAUCUGGAAACACACCAUAAGGGCCUCCUCCUCUACAGGAACUAUUCGGACAGCUUCCAUGAUUCUGAAUUUUCCCCGUCUCUACUGUCCGAAUCCAGAAUGCUCUACUUUUGGUUUUCAGAGCAUGUCCUCAGUUCACUUCUCUCAGCAGCCUUUUUAGAUGACCGUCUGAUGUUAACCUUCACAGGGGAAGAAUUAAAGGAAAUGUUUGAAAAUGAAGAGCUGGAAUCUGAUCAGGAGAUUGUGCAAGAGAUUUUCCUGGGCGCCUCUUACAAUGACUCCCUGGCUAAAGUGUGGAGUCUCAGUCUUCCCCAAAUUACCCUCCAGCCAAAAGGGGCCUUGGUGAAGUCAACUGUGGCCGUGGAGCUCAGUGUUUCUUUACACAGGGAGGAGAUCCCGCUGAUUAUAUAUCUUGAACAGGGAGUCACUGCAACUGUGCAAGCUUCCUAUGUGCAAAACAGACUGGAUCUGCAUCUCUCUGAGGUUUUGCUAGAGCCCCAAAUGAUUAGGUGCUCUUCAGAUGUAGCUGUGAUCAAUGAAACUCUAAGGUACAUCUUGGAGAAAGUCAUCACUGUUGCUGGUAUCCCAGAAGUGAUUUCAAAAAUUGAGUCGACUCUAACAUCCUUGAUGAACAGCAGAGGACUUGACCUAUUUGACCUCAGAGAUUCUGAGAUAAUAACCAGAAAUGGAUACUUCAUUAUACAGAUAGACUUUGAUUUCCCACACAGUUGGAUCCGUGAGUUUCUGCAAAGAAAUCUCUUGUAGGACCCUCCCAAGAACAGAAAGCAAUUGGCCAACUCAAUGUAAAGGCCAAAUGUCUAAGACCAAUGGAGAGGCAUGUGGCCGUUUUGUUUCCUUUCCCUGUAAUGGCAGAUGCUAAAAGGUGAUGAUGAUUUUUCUGGGCCUGAGGAAGUAUCAGGGUCAGUGCCACAUUGAAGCAGAAAAUGCACAAGACCAUCUACACUGACAGCAUCAACUCAAAACACCGCUGAACUUCUGGCUGUCAUCAAGAUCAGAAGCAAAGCCUACUUAUUCAAACUGUACUUCUUUGAGAAGGGAUAAAUUGCUUUACUACAAACCCGUUAUUCCGGCCAUAGUGUUUUAGAUGACCUGAAGAAAGCAUCCAUUUUAAAUGUCCUGUAUUUCCAUCAAUUGGCCAUGCUGACAGGGCUGAUGGCAAUUGUAGUCCAUGAACAUCUGGAGCACCAUAGGUUGGCUACUAACCUAGGAGAUUGGUUUUGAAUUUGUGGGAGUGUUUGCCAGUUGCUGCAAUGGGAAAUAUUUCUAGCUCCCUUGAUCUGAAUUAUGUAUACUUUGGUUUGGGAUGACCCUGCAGGCUAUGGGGUGGCCUCCUAUAUUCUGGUCCUAAUCUUUGAAGAACAAACAAAGUGUGAGCCUGGUCAUUAUUUUCAUAUUUUCCUGGGAUAGAGAAAGGCUGAUUUUUUUUCCAGACAAAUGUCAAAAUAUUUUUUCAGAUUUUGAAAGCCACAUGAUUCUGAUCUAACAAUAAACUUUUGUUUUCUACUUUAUUACACUUCUA